UUCCGCUGCAAUUCGCGGGCUGACAGGCAGCAGGAAGAAACCAACAUGGAGGUGGAGAUGAUGGAGACAGACAGUGGGAAGAAGCCGGCGGACAGCGGGCAGAAGGCGGACACAGAGGCCGCGGAGAGCUCGGCGAAAAGCUCCGGGGGUUCCUACGAGCUGCCCUGGGUGGAGAAAUACCGUCCGCUGAAGCUGAACGAGAUCGUGGGGAACGAGGAGACGGUGAGCCGGCUGGAGGUGUUCGCCAGGGAGGGAAACGUCCCGAAUAUCAUCAUCGCAGGUCCACCAGGAACAGGAAAGACCACCAGCAUCCUGUGUUUAGCUCGAGCGCUGCUGGGAGCCUCCAUGAAGGACGCCGUGCUUGAGCUCAACGCUUCAAACGACAGGGGAAUUGAUGUGGUGAGAAAUAAGAUCAAGAUGUUUGCCCAGCAGAAAGUCACACUACCUAAAGGACGACACAAGAUCAUCAUCCUGGACGAGGCCGACAGUAUGACCGAUGGCGCUCAGCAGGCGCUCAGGAGGAUCAUGGAGAUCUACUCAAAGACGACUCGCUUCGCUCUCGCCUGCAACGCCUCGGAUAAAAUCAUCGAGCCCAUCCAGUCUCGCUGCGCCGUGCUGCGUUACUCCAAACUGACCGACGGACAGAUCCUUGCCCGUCUACAGGAAGUGGUGGAGAAGGAGGGUCUGUCUGUGUCUGAUGACGGGCUGGAGGCCGUCAUCUUCACUGCCCAGGGAGACAUGAGACAGGCGCUGAACAACCUUCAGUCCACAAACUCCGGCUUCGGCUACAUCAACAGCGAGAACGUGUUCAAAGUGUGUGACGAGCCCCACCCUCUGCUGGUGAAAAGCAUGCUGGGACACUGCGUGGACGGGGACAUUGACAAGGCCUAUAAGGUGGUAGAGCAGCUGUGGGCGCUGGGCUACUCCCCAGAGGACAUCAUCGGGAACAUCUUCAGGGUCUGUAAGACCUAUCAGAUGGCUGAGUACCUCAAACUGGAGUUCAUCAAGGAGAUCGGUUACACUCACAUGAGGGUGGCUGAAGGCGUCAACUCUCUGCUGCAGAUGGCCGGUCUGUUGGGUCGACUCUGCAGCAAGACAGCGCCCCCUGCUGCCAGCUGAACCAAACAACACUGCCCUUCCCUUGACCGCCCACCUGAAAAUGAUCCGCCGCCUCCUGAGACUGUUGACGAGAUCACAGCAGACGUUUUGUAUAGAAGAUGGAAAUUAAAGUUAAAUAAAAACAUUUUCUCGAA